ACUUUGAACACAACUUUCGUGAUUGACUUAAUUUACAUAUGGUCAAGAACGUCGAAGACGGUACCCGAUAUUUUUCACAACAGUGUGGCCAGGCUCUCUCUUUCGAUGACCGGUGCCGUUGACGUAAUUUGACAGCCUCACUUUACGGCAAGAGCAUGCUGCUGCUGCUGUGUGUGUGGAGGUCAGGGAAAUGACAGAACAGCAAGUUCCCGACGUAGACAUGCUCGUUUUCUUAUGUAAAACACACUUAAUGAUUUAAAAAAAUAUAGACGCUUUCGGUCAACUAUAUUAUUACUAUAAUACUGGCGUUGACUUACAACAGCUUAACAUUGGUCACCGUUGCAUCACAACUAGCGCGCAUUAGCCUAAGCAAGAUUUUUUUGUUUGUUGUUUUUUUGUUUUUUAUUCCCACCCUCCUCCCAGACAUGGACAACAACCCGCAAGGCUCCGGGGGGCUCAAGGCGAGUCUCGGUGGUCUCUUCGGCGGUGGAGCGCCGGAAUAUUCCAACACGGAGCUCGCCGGUGUUCCAUUGACUGGAAUGAGCCCCCUGUCGCCUUACCUUAACGUCGACCCUCGCUACCUAGUUCAGGACACAGAGGAGUUCAUUUUGCCUACAGGCGCUAACAAGACGAGAGGAAGGUUCGAGCUGGCUUUUUUCACCAUUGGAGGCUCCUGCAUCACAGGGGCUUCGUUCGGCGCUUUAAACGGACUCAGGAUGGGCCUGAAGGAGACCAGAGACAUGGCGUGGUCCAAACCGCGGAAUGUGCAGAUUAUCAACAUGGUGACCAGGCAAGGGGCUUCAUGGGCCAACACUUUGGGUUCAGUAGCCUUAUUAUACAGCGCGUUCGGGGUGGUGAUCGAGAAGGCCCGAGGAGCAGAGGACGACAUCAACACAGUAGCUGCCGGCACGCUAACGGGGAUGCUCUUUAAGGCAGCCGGCGGCCUGAAGGGUGUGGCCCGCGGGGGUCUGGCUGGUCUGGCCUUGUCCGGUGCCUACGCCGUCUACAACAAUUGGGACCACCUGACCGGAACGUCGUCGCCGUCGUCCUCUCGGCUUUACUGAACUCCUCCUCGUCCUCCUCGUCCUCCUCCUCCUCUGACAUUAGGGCCAAACUAUCUCCAAGAGGCAGUGUGCAGACUUUGGGAUGGAAGUGCUUGGUGUGUGUAUACGUGUGGGUGAGUGGCUGCAGGUCUGCGAGUGGAUCUUUUAAUGAUGAACUUUGCCUUACUGUCAGUGCUACACUUGUAUUUAUUUCACGGUGAUGAUCAUUAGAAGCUGUACUGCAAGAAGAAGAGUGUAUGUGUCUCCCAUCAUCUGAUGUAAUAAAUCAAGGGGAAAUACCAUUAAAAAGAAAAGCAAACAUU